CCGCCGCUAUCGAAGCAAACGACGCCGCACUCUACGCUCGGUCGUUCACGGAUUCGGAGUGUUCGUUUUUCUGCUCCGAUCGGUGUGGUCGGCGUGCAUCUGUGCUCUUUGCGAAUUUAUACACAGCAGUGUCGUCGGUGAAAAUCAGUGCGCUCAGAGGAGUCAGCAUAAGGAUGUGGCGAGAACCUCCAGGCGGGGGGUGUAAGACACCCACCCAUAUCGUCGCUAUGCUCCUACUGGCUGGUGUUCUGGCAUUGACAAUGGCAGUUUCUGCUGAAGAUGAAUCUAUGGGACCGGUGUUUGUCAAGGAACCACCAAACCGAGUCGAUUUCUCAAAUGGAACGGGAGCUGUCGUUGAAUGCCAGGCAAGAGGAAAUCCCCAACCGGACAUCAUCUGGGUUCGUGCCGACGGAACUGCUGUAGGAGACGUUCCCGGACUGAGACAGGUUUUGCCGAACGGAAAUUUGGUCUUUCCUCCUUUCCGCGCCGAAGAUUAUCGUCAGGAAGUUCACGCUCAGGUCUACAGCUGUUUGGCACGUUCCCCCGCAGGUUCGGUACACAGCCGUGAUGUCAACGUGAGAGCCGUGGUCCAGCAAUUCUACGAGACGAGGGUCAUCGAUGAGUUUGUCUUACGCGGAAAUACGGCAACCCUGAAGUGCCUCGUGCCGAGCUUUGUGGCGGAUUUUGUAGAUGUGAUCGAGUGGGUGGCUGAGGAUGGUUCGACGUAUAAUACGAAUAAUCAACAAGAGAAGGACGGAAAAUACUUGGUACUGCCAUCCGGAGAAUUGCACAUCAGAGACGUCGGCCCCGAAGAUGGAUACAAGACUUACCAAUGUCGCACCAAGCACCGUCUCACAGGUGAAACUAGGUUAUCCGCCACAAAAGGACGUCUGGUCAUUACCGAACCGACCGGCAAUGUCGCACCACGCAUUGCCGGUGAGCGUUACGAAGGUCACAAGCUAGUAGACGUACCAAAAACGGGUAUGGCGGCUUUGGACUGCGCAACUCAGGGGUUUCCUGUCCCAUUAACGAGAUGGUACAAGUUCAUCGAAGGCACAUCGAGACGUCAACCGGUCCAGUUGAAUGAACGCGUACGCCAGGUUAGCGGAACUCUGAUCAUUCGUGAGGCUCGAGUCGAAGAUUCCGGUAAAUAUCUCUGCAUCGUCAACAAUUCCGUCGGCGGCGAAAGUGUGGAAACCGUUUUGACUGUCACGGCACCAUUGAUCGCGGAGAUCGAACCGAGCGUGCAGACCAUCGACUUCGGAAGACCGGCAACCUUCACUUGCACAGUUCAAGGCAAUCCAAUCAAAACCAUCUCUUGGCUCAAGGACGGGAAGCCUCUUGGAUUGGAGGACCGCGUAUUGAGAAUCGAGAGUGUGAAAAAGGAGGACAAGGGAAUGUAUCAGUGUUUCGUUAGGAAUGAUCAAGAAAGCGCGCAAGCGACCGCAGAAUUAAAACUUGGUGGACGAUUUGAACCGCCGCAAAUUCGUCAAGCCUUCACCGAAGAGACUCUUCAGCCUGGACCGAGCAUGUUUUUGAAGUGUGUUGCUAGCGGAAAUCCCACCCCCGAAAUUAGCUGGGAACUUGAUGGAAAACGGUUGUCAAACACCGAGAGAUUGCAAGUGGGACAAUACGUCACGGUCAAUGGCGAUGUCGUGUCUCAUCUGAAUAUUUCGAGCAUUCAUACCAACGACGGUGGACAAUACAAGUGCAUUGCUGCAUCAAAGGUCGGAUCCGCCGAGCAUUCUGCGCGUCUUAACGUUUUCGGUUUGCCAUUCAUUCGCCACAUGGACAAGAAGGCUAUCGUUGCUGGAGAAACUCUGCGCGUCACAUGUCCGGUUGCUGGAUAUCCGAUCGAUACUAUCGUCUGGGAGCGAGACACCAGAGUCCUGCCGAUCAACAGAAAGCAAAAGGUCUUCCCGAACGGUACUCUCAUAAUCGAGAAUGUCGAGCGAAUGAGCGAUCAGGCGACUUACACUUGCGUAGCACGCAACGCACAAGGUUACAGCGCACGCGGAACAUUGGAAGUUCAAGUCAUGGUGGCGCCACAACUGGCGCCUUUCGCCUUCGGCGACGAAGCGGCCAAUGCCGGAGAAAUGGCGACUGUUCAGUGCGCCGUGAUAAAAGGCGAUCUACCCAUCGACCUGGCCUGGUCGUUUAACGGACGUGUGAUCGAGAUCGCGAAUGGCGCAUUCAACGAACACAAUUAUGACAAUUCCGACAUAGUUAUAAACAGGAGUAGCAAACGGGCCAGCACGCUGACGAUCGAGUCGGUAGCCGCAAGACACGCGGGCGAGUACUCGUGCACUGCGAGCAACACUGCCGGAACCGCUACCCAUUCUUCGGUUCUUUCGGUGAACGUACCCCCUCGUUGGAUUCUGGAACCGACCGAUAAGGCAUUUGCACAGGGAUCUGACGCGCGAGUCGAAUGUAAAGCCGACGGAUUCCCCAAGCCUCAAGUUACGUGGAAAAGAGCUGCUGGGGAUACGCCGGGAGAUUACACUGACUUGAAAUUGAGCAAUCCCGACAUUAGCGUGGAAGAUGGCACUCUAUCCAUCAAUAACAUACAGAAGACGAAUGAGGGCUAUUAUCUCUGCGAAGCUGUUAACGGCAUUGGAUCAGGACUGUCUGCUGUUAUCCUCAUUUCGGUUCAAGCUCCUCCUCAAUUCGAAAUUAAAUUGAGAAAUCAAACGGCUCGUCGUGGAGAACCUGCUGUAUUGCAAUGCGAGGCGCAGGGAGAGAAACCGAUCGGCAUCUUAUGGAACAUGAACAACAAGAGAUUGGACACAAAGAGCGAUCCGCGUUAUACCAUUCGCGAGGAAAUCUUGGCUAACGGAGUGCUGUCCGACUUGAGCAUCAAACGUACCGAAAGAACCGAUUCUGCUUUGUUCACUUGCGUAGCCACAAACGCAUUCGGCAGCGAUGACACCAGCAUCAAUAUGAUUGUGCAAGAGGUACCGGAAGUUCCAUAUGGUCUCAAAGUGUUGGAUAAAUCAGGACGUUCCGUGCAAUUAUCAUGGGCCGCACCUUACGACGGAAAUAGCCCUAUCAAACGAUAUACCAUUGAGUACAAGAUCAGCAAAGGUUCCUGGGAAACUGAUAUGGACAAAGUACUCGUACCUGGUUCGCAACAAAACGUAGCCGGAGUAUACAACCUGAGACCCGCAACUACCUAUCAUCUUCGAAUUGUCGCUGAGAAUGAAAUUGGUAUGUCCGAUCCAUCCGACACGGUUACUAUCAUUACCGCCGAGGAAGUACCCAGCGGCCCACCCACUUCUGUCAAGGUAGACGCUCUCGAUCAGCACACGCUCAAGGUAACAUGGAAACCACCGCCACGCGAAGACUGGAACGGUGAGAUUCUUGGCUACUACGUUGGAUACAGACAAUUUGCGGACAAACCCUACAAUUUCGAGACCGUCGAAUUCUCUAAGGAAGACCCGAAGGAACAUCAUCUGCAAAUCACGAAUCUCAAAACUUACACGCAAUACGGAGUAGUCGUUCAGGCGUUCAACAAAGUCGGCUCCGGACCCAUGAGUGAGGAACGUAAGCAACAUACUGCGGAAGGCGUACCCGAACAACCGCCCCAUGACACUACCUGCACGACUCUCACCUCUCAAACUAUCAGAGUAUCUUGGGUAUCUCCACCUCUCAGCACAGCCAACGGCGUUAUUACCGGCUACAAAGUCAUCUAUGGACCAUCCGACACGUGGUACGACGAAAAUACGAAGGAUACCAAGAUUACGUCUUCUAGCGAAACCAUCUUGCACGGUCUUAAAAAAUACACGAACUAUAGCAUGCAAGUUCUGGCAUUCACUUCCGGUGGGGAUGGCGUUAAAUCUGCACCGAUUCAUUGUCAAACUGAGCAAGAUGCACCCGAGGCUCCGAUUGCGAUCAAAGCUCUGGUCAUGUCAGCGGAAUCUAUUCUUAUUUCAUGGCGUCCGCCUAGCCAGCCUAACGGAGUUAUUUCUCAGUAUACGGUUUAUGCGAAAGCAGAUAACGCGGAGGAACCGACCAGCCAGAAAGUACCGCCGAAUCAAUUAACUCACGAAGCGUCUGGAUUGGAUAAACAACUUAAAUACGAAUUUUGGGUGACCGCUAGCACAAACAUAGGCGAAGGCGAAGCUUCCAAGAUUGUGACUUUAUCACCAAGCGUGCGAGUGCCGGCUAAGAUCGCAUCGUUCGAUGACAAAUUUACCGCAACGUACAAAGAAGAUGUAAAGCUGCCGUGUCUCACCGUUGGCGUACCUGCGCCGGAAGUAACGUGGAAAGUACGUGGUGCUACUCUUCAACCGAGCGAUCGAUUGAGACAAUUGCCCGAAGGAUCGCUGUUCAUCAAGGAAGUGGAUCGCGCGGACGCCGGAGAAUAUUCUUGCUACGUAGAGAACUCCUUUGGACAUGACACUGUGACUCAUCAACUGGUUGUGCACGCUCCUCCGCACUCGCCACAGGUCGCUCUCACCUCUACCACUACCAAUUCCAUAACAAUGAAAUUCCGCCCGCAUUCCAACGACAAUGCUCCGAUUCAUGGUUAUACGAUCCACUACAAACCCGAAUUUGGCGACUGGGAAACUCAUCAGACAAGUUCCUCGGUACAAGUGUACACUCUCGACAAUCUGUGGUGCGGCUCCCGAUAUCAGAUCUACGUCACGGCUUAUAACGGAAUUGGAACUGGCGAUCCGUCGGAUAUUUUGAACACGCGCACGAAAGGCUCCAAACCGGUCAUCCCUGAAGCGGCUAAGUUCAUCGAAGUAUCGACGAACAGCAUUACUCUGCACCUAAAUGCCUGGGGAGAUGGUGGUUGCCCUAUGUUGUAUUUUGUUGUUGAACACAAAAAGAAGCAUCAGCAGGAAUGGAACCAGGUCUCGAACAACGUCAAACCGAACGGUAACUUCAUAGUGAUGGAUUUGGAUCCUGCGAGCUGGUAUUCUCUGCGCGUUACGGCUCACAACAACGCCGGUUUCGCCGUGGCCGAGUACGAAUUCGCAACGUUGACGGUGACUGGCGGCACGAUCGCACCUCCCGUACGUAACGGUGGUAACGACAACGCCGCCGAUGUGAGACGUUACUUCCCAUGGUUACCCAACUGGCUCGACGUAAACGUGGUGGUGCCGAUCGGCGCGACGGUCGUUGUCAUAAUAGUAGGAAUAGUUGUCGUAUGCGUGGCACUCUCGAGAAGAACUCGAGGCCCGGAACAAACACGGCUGCGAGGUAUCUCUUCAGCCGACGAGAAAUAUUACGAGGGACAAUAUGACGUUGUGUAUCAACAAACCGGAGUUGGCGGCGCCACGUUGGACAAACGCAGAUCCGAUCUUCGUGACGAACUUGGAUACAUUGCACCACCGAAUCGCAAACUGCCACCCGUACCCGGUUCCAAUUACAACACCUGCGAUCGUAUCAAGCGAGGUGGAACUGGCUCGUUAAGGAGUCACUCAACGUGGGAUCCGAGACGGCACAUGUAUGAGGAAUUGAGUCACUACGCGCCUAACAGAAGAUGCCCGCCACCACCACGGAUGGGCAGCACAGACGGUCUCUCGCACAGAGGUAUGGAGGAUGAGAUCUGUCCGUACGCCACCUUUCAUCUCUUAGGAUUCCGCGAGGAAAUGGAUCCGAGCAAGGCUAUGCAAUUUCAAACCUUUCCGCACCCAGGAAACGGACACUCCGGCACGAUGGGACCACCAGUAGGACACCCGACUAAUGCUUCUGCUCACAGCCGCUCCGGAUCUCAAUCUAUGCCUCGUCAAAAUGGUCGCUAUUCUCGAGUACCGUCCCAAGGAGGUGGAAGCGGCACUCACAACGUUUUCUCACCCGAAUACGACGACCCGGCUAAUUGCGCACCGGAGGAAGACCAGUACGGAUCACAAUACGGACAGUACGGCGCACCCUACGAUCACUACGGAUCUCGCGGAUCGGUCGGACGUCGCAGCGUAGGCUCGGCUCGCAACAUUCCCAUUUCCAACUCGCCGGAACCACCUCCCCCACCACCGAGAAACCACCAGGACCAGAACAACUCGAGCUUCAACGACAGCAAGGAGAGCAACGAGAUCAGCGAGGCCGAAUGCGAUCGUGAUCAACUUGUCAACCGCAACUACGGCGUGAAUGCUCGCGGAAAGGACGGCAUGACCACCGAGGAGAUGCGUAAACUCAUAGAGAGGAAGCCAAACGAAGCUCCCGGCCGGCAAACCGGCCCCCACGGCGGUCACGGGGGACUCCUCACACCCUACGAUACUGUGGCAGUGUAACCUGUAAAUCAUCAUCUUCCGUGAUCUUCCGCCUCUCUCGUUAGCCGGCGACCGUAUGAGGAAAGCAGCCGAGAGUCGCGGAAAUAAAGCGCACGCUAACUCUUCCCCCCGGUGCUGUCGUCGGUCCAAUUUGCAACGAUUUACGAUAGAAAUUUAGACGUCGUCGCGAGUAGAUAGAAUUCGAUUUACCGUUUAAGAUGUACGUGUGUUGAUAUCAUCUCGAGAUCGUGAUUGACGAACGAAAGAUCCCGCGGUCUGCCUCGCGAAAUGGGACUCCGUCUCCUUCGCUCUCUAUCACAUGUCUCGCGAUCAUUAUAUAUUUCAUAUUUUUUAUUAUCUAUAUUAUCUCACGUUUCUUCGGCCUUCCAUUCUAUUCCUCUACUUCGUCUCAAACACGUUUUUAUUAUUUGAAUCCCAGAAAGAAAGCUCAAACCUUUGAAACUGCCCUUUUUGAUACACACUUUUUCGAAGCCAGUCGAUUACGCACAUCUCAAGAAGGCCUGAAACUCUCAAGACUGCCUAUCUACUAAACUAUCUUUCGCGAAGGAGACGCAAGCGAUUCGCGAAGUCGGCCGCGUCGUUUCGUUCGCAAGUCUUUUGCGAGUUUCUAGAACUCCUCGCACACACACACACACACACACACACAUUUAAUUAACGUCACGUGAAAUGUUUUAUAUACUGAGCGAAGAAAUAGAAACGUAGAAGAGAAUUAGAGAUUUUACGUUUUGAUACGAGUCUUCCUUGGCAAUAAUUCAUUCAACACACCACGUGAUCCGGAGAGAGAUUUCUUAUAAUUAGCUGCUCUAGCAUGAAAAAAAAAAAAAAAUGUUUUUCGAUUAUCAAAGCGGCUAUUUGCACUUUCUCACGUAAUUUGUGUAUGUAUACGCGGAGUUCGUGACUCGCGACUGUCGCGGGAAGAUGUUCUGUAGGAAGGCGAACACCCCACCGUCGGAAGUCGUGUGUGUUCGCGGACAUUCAACUCGCGACAGAGACGCGUCCCGCGAUGAUGCUCUCGGCGACGGUGGAUUUAACGGGGGUUUUUUUCUGAUGUCACAUUACACUGUAAUCCGGGACUGUAAAAUCCUAGAUUAAAAUCGUCGAGUUGCGUAAUAUUGCGGGGAAAGAGAGAUCGUAAAAAAACAAAAAAAAAAAAACGAUUAUAUGUAGACACACACAUGAGAUUAGUUGGUCGCUUUUUAAGUCAUGGUUGUGCCACACUGCCGCUCCCUGCGGGCGUAUGAUAUAUACGUACAUACAUACACACUAUAUACAAUAUACUGUACGAUUUAUAAUUUCGUAACGAAGGUUGUGUACCCCUGUCCCCCUUGACGAUCGGCGAUCUUGGGUCUCGACGUCGCGGAGAACAAGAUUUAUCAAGGGUACGUCGUCGUUUCUUUUAACCGAUUAAAAAAAACGUUAUAGGCCGCCUAUCGUUUUUUGAGACGUUAUCCCACUGUCUCGAUAUAGAAUUAAGCGCCUCAUAUGCAACACGAAAAAAAUCGACUGUCCGUAGGAAGAACAAUCGCGGCAGAACCAUCGAGGGAACGCUUCGAUACAUGUACACGGCAGGCCACAGCCAUACGAUUAUUAUGAUUCAUUACAACACAUUAUCGCCACGCGCGCUGGCGCGUGCACGCAAUACACACCACACUUGCUGUCGUCCUAUAUAUAUAUAUACAUAUAUAUAUACACACAUAUAUAUAUAUAUGAUAUAAAUAUUUAGUAAACACCCUUUAAUCAUUACUCCCCCGUGCUAAUCUUCUUCGAUCGAUUACGACGUACCGAUAAGAUUUACUAAUAAUCGCGACGAUGAUCGUUACAGAUGUAAGCGAUUCGAGUAAUAAAAAAAGCUGAUUUAACGUAGAUAGCUCAUAAGUCGGACGGAUGGUCGCGAGAAGACGUUGUGUAUCUUAGCGACGAUGCGGGAGGCCGGGUUGGUUUUUUGACGGAAUUUCCUCAAAAGCGCGCGCGAAUUGAAGAGAGAACACGUCCAUCCGCGAUCGGAUGAUUCGUCUUCGUUGGUUCGUUACAGAACAGAGCGGGGGUGAUGAUUCUUUUGCGUGUGUGGCACCAGCCCGACGUCACGCGACGCCGCGGUCACGGCGUCGCGUCUCAUAGUUCGUUUUUAUCACGAUACUACUUCUAGAUAUAUACAUACAAAUAUAAAAUAUAAAUAUUAUAUAUAUAUUAUAUAAUACACUAACUAUAUAUAUAUAUAUAUAUAUUAUAUUAUACAUACGUUGUAAGUAGCUAUUUCUAGGUGUCGCAUUUGUUUGCCAAGGUGAUGCACGAGCCGGCCUCCAGUUGGGCGACCGGGCGAAAAAGCACUCUCGAGAUAAACGAGUUGUAACGUAUGUUUUAGUUACGUUCCUCACGCAGGAUUAAUUAUUCUGAAAAUGUAAUAUUUUCGAACAAUGAAAGUUUGAAUGCGACGUGCGAAUAUUCUCACGUUGAGAGAAAUGUAGUUCGUAAAUUGUUCCUUGAUUUUUAGCUUUAUACGUAGUGUGUUGUUUCUCAUCUAUCUUUUUUGUUAGAUUUAGUUAGAUAUUGACCGAAGAAGUUCCGUGAAAAUAAUAUUCGUACUUUGUUACGAAUAUCGCGGAUACAUCUCAAAGAGAAAACAAUUUAAUUUGCAUCGCAAUUAGUACGCUCUAAAUUGCCGGAGCACAAUGUUUCGUUAUUUCGCGAGAAAAAAAAUUAAUCAAAAUUGAAGAAAAAAAAAAAAAAAUGCGAGCGGGUUGAUCGAGAAAGUAGAGGAGCGUUCCUGUGAUGCUUGACGAUGGAGUGGAAUUUCAAGGGUGCUUCGUCGAGUCGCUUCCGAUCGCGCGGAGGAAUUCCUACCCUCUGCCUUUCCGAAACUGGCCGCGGCUCGACAUGCCGACGCAUUUUUACUCAUCGAUGUGAUUUUAAAAGGCUGCGCAAAAGCCUCGUGUCUCGUGUAUAUGUUACAAUCGCGAUCUUACCGUAAUUAUUAAUACGUAGCCGUAUCGUCCCACACACACACACACACCUAAGUCACCUUUACGACUUAUAGUAUCACACGUUCUACUCACCUAAAAUCGACCCCGUGAAAACUUUUUGUCGCUUUGAAUCGCUUCCGAAUCUAACCAAAAGCUAAAAAACGGCACAGACCGAUGAUAAUGGUAAAAACGAUAUUAACGCAUUCGUAUACAUAUAGUGAUGUGAUCAUGUGAUCCGCGCGCUAAUGUAACCGCGGAUCUUUUUUAUCUUUUGUCUUAAGCGAAGUGGACGUCCGCGACGUCGCACAGGUGAUAAAGUUUAUGUCGCAUCGGUCCGGGGUGCUUGGCAACAAAGGUUCAACAUAAAUAAAAAAUAAAAACAAAAAACAUUCAGACAAUCAGUUAAGUCGAAUUUUCGGCGAAACAUCAAAUGUUUUUUCAGCUGAGGUAUUGAUAAAUAAGUAAAUAACAACUUGAAGACUGAGAAUUUGCGUCCAAUGUAUAUCCAUUUGCUUCAUUUCCUUGUUGCUUGCUUGUGUUUUGCUUUUACGUUCACGUAAAACGUGCUCAUAUAAAUAAUUGGCACACACAUUCGCAUACACUCGUGCCUUUCUUGCUGAGCAUCCCCAAGCCCAUCGUUCGCUCGUCGCGCGACGACGUGUACUAUGUGUGGUAAUUCUUUGCAGGAUUCUCGAUGUUACUUUUUGAGAAGCGCCGCCGAAGCGCGUCGCUCGCUUGUGUAUGCUUGAUUGAUACAUAUAUAUAUAUAUAUUUGCGUUGAAAGCAUUUGGCUGUUUUUUCCGUACGACGGCGAACGCGGUUCUUCGAGCUCAAGCCCUCCUUUUAUCGUCGCCUGUCAGACUCGAAGCGUUUCCUUCGCGUUUUUUUUUUUUUUUUGGUUUUUGCAAUCCUUUUGCGUCCGCGAAAAAGAAGCCGGAUCACGAUAAAUCGUCUAAUAAACGAAAAAGCAGAAUAAAAAAAAUUUUAAAAAUAAAAAAAAUAAAAAAAAAGAGCGCGUAACAUCCUCCGCUCUCGCGGAGACUCGAGGAUCCGCUCGCAGUGUACCGUUUCCUCUCAACGCCACUAUUUUAUGUUUUUGUACCAAAGUUGUAGCGUCUAACUUUUGCGUUAAAUAAAUAAAACUUAA